UGGUGUCUGUGGUUAGCUGUCAGCAGCAGUACAUUGCUAUCACACUGCGGGUAUCGUUAAAUAAACACUUAGCUCUUGCUAAUUUCAACCACAGAUGUCGGCGUGCGCGAUUACAUCAGCCGGAUAGAUCUGCAGGCGUAGUUAGACUAGCUAACAAGCAAGCAUUGCUUUGACAAAGUUAGUUAAGCUAGCCUCUACUACACUGUCACAGCAGGGUCAGGGGAUGUGCUGCUGACAUGAUGAGUCACCUUGUGUCCAGUGCAGUGCAUGUCAUCUAAUUGUAUGACAUUAAUUUCCUUGUAUUUACUUGUCUGCAGAUAAGGAAAUAGCUGCACACGUUUAUUAACACAAUGAAUAGUGUUGACGUGAAGAAACUAAAAGUCAAUGAGUUGAAAGAGGAGCUGCAGCGCCGCGGCCUGGACACCAAAGGGCUGAAAGCUGAUCUCGUGGACAGGCUCAGGGCCGCUAUGGACACUGGUGCAGCGGCUCCGGAAGAGGGCAUCGGAUCAGCGGGCGACCUGGGAAUGGGCUCCACUGGGUUACUGAGCGAUGAUCCUAUUCCUAACCAAGACGAAAGAAUAUCUGAAGAGGAAAGCAGUGAAGAUGGCGAAGGCUUUGAUAGGGCAGAGGUGACACCAGGUGGAGAUUUAUGUAGAGAAACCGUAGGUACAGUUUCAGAGAGAGAGCUGGCUCCUGCCAUGACUUGCGGGAUGUCAGACUUCUCAUCAGAUGUUGAUGUGAGCCAGACCGAAAUCACUCCUCACGAUCCCAAGACCGAGCCUGAGCUGGAGGAGCACCCUGAUAUCAAACCAGAAAUUGAGAUGAAAUCCGAGGUGAAAAAGGAGGAAGAGGAGAACACGGAGUGCCAACAGGAAGUUCCGAAGCCGGAGCAGAAUCCUCGCCAGCAGCAGUCCGCCAAUGAGUGGGAGGAGCUUGAGGGCCAGCAGGUGGAGCAUGCCAAGAUGGAGGCAGAGCGCUCCGGCCAGUAUGGACGCAAGAGGUCGCAUGAUGAGGGCCGGGGCCACGGCUACUAUGAACACCGCGAGGACAAGAGAUCCCGCUCACCACAACCACCUGCUGAAGAAGAGGAAGAGGACUUUGACGAUGCCCUUGUUGCCCUGGACACAUACAACUGCGACUUGCACUUCAAAGUGUCCCGCGAUCGCUACAGUGGCUAUCCUCUGACCAUCGAGGGCUUCGCCUACCUCUGGGCGGGAGCGCGGGCCUCGUACGGCGUCACCAAGGGCCGUGUGUGUUACGAGAUGAAGGUGAUCGAGGACAUCCCGGUGAAGCACCUGCCCAGCAGUGAGCCUGAUCCCCAUGUGGUCAGGAUCGGCUGGUCUCUGGACUCCUGCAGUACGCAGCUUGGUGAGGAGGCUUUUUCCUUUGGAUGCGGAGGAACCGGCAAGAAAUCCUCCGACUGCAAAUUUGAAGAUUACGGAGAGAAGUUCGGUGAAAACGAUGUCAUCGGCUGUCACAUCGACUUUGACAGCGGUGAGGAGGUGGAGAUGGCGUUCUCGAAGAACGGAGUGUGGCUGGGCGUGGCUUUCCGUGUCCCGCGGGAGGCCCUGGACGGCCGCGCCCUCUUCCCACACGUCCUGGUGAAGAACUGCGCUGUGGAGUUCAACUUCGGCCAGAAGGAGGAGCCCUACUACCCCGCUCCGGAGGGCUACGCAUUCAUCCAGAACGUCGGCCUGGAGCACAGAACCCGAGGAACCCUGGGUCCCGUUAGGAAAUCGGAAUGUGAGAUCCUGAUGAUGGUUGGUCUGCCUGCCUGUGGAAAGACCACGUGGGCCACGAAGCACACUGAGAAGCAUCCAGAGAAGAAGUACAACAUCCUGGGCACCAACGCCAUCAUGGACAAGAUGAAGGUGAUGGGUCUGCGUCGCCAGAGGAACUACACGGGUCGCUGGGACCUCCUGAUCCAGCAGGCCACCCAGUGUCUGAACCGGCUCAUCCAGAUCGCCGCCCGCAAGAGACGCAACUACAUCCUGGACCAGACAAAUGUAUAUGGAUCAGCCCAGAGACGAAAAAUGCGACCUUUUGAAGGUUUUCAACGCAAGGCUAUUGUAGUGUGUCCCCCGGACGAGGACUUAAAAGAGCGAACGUUAAAGCAAACUGAUGAGCAGGGGAAGGAUGUUCCCGAUCAUGCUGUUUUAGAAAUGAAAGCCAACUUUGUGCUUCCUGAGACCAGCGACUUUCUGGACGAGGUGACCUUUGUGGAGCUGCAGCGCGAGGAUGCUAGCAAGCUCGUGAAGGAGUACAACGAAGCGGGACAGAAAGCUGGCCCGCCCCCGGACAAGCGCUAUGACAACCGCCAGGUGGGCUUCCACGGGCGUGGCGGAAGCUUCCAGCGCUAUGACAACCGCGACGGACCCCGUGGUGGGGGCUACCAGAGCCGGGGUGGAAAUGGAGGAGGAGGGGGUGGGUACAGAGGAGGCUACAACCGCGGGAACUACAACCAGAACCGCUGGGAAGGCAACUACCGCGACGGAAGCUCCAACGGCCGAGGAGGCUACAACCGUAACCAACAGUCAGGAGGAAACUACAGCCGGCAGGCUCCCUAUAACAAAGGCUACAGUCAGAGCUACAACCCGGGCUAUAACCAAGGGUACAACCAGGGGAACUAUAACCAAGGUUACAACUACGGCAACUACAGCCAGUAUCCAGGAUACGGCCAGAGCUACAGCGAGACACCUGCCACUGGACAGACGUACAACCAACAACAGAGCUACGACCAGCAGUACCAGCAGUAUGCCCAGCAGUGGCAGCAGUACUAUCAGAACCAGAGCCAGUGGAACCAGUACUAUGGCCAGUAUGGGAACUACUCUGGACAGGGAAACCAGGGCUCCUCCUCGGGGGCCCAGUAACUGAGCCUUCGUCUGCACCCCUGGUCCGCACCCCUGGUCCGCGCCCCUGGUCCGCGCCCCUGGUCCGCACCCCUGUCCUUUACUCUGGAGUCUCAUUCUUUCCUCAGUGUCUGUCAACUUUUCCAGCCCUCUCUUUAUCCGUCUCUCUCUCUCUCUGUCUCUCUCCCUCUCUCUCUCUCUGUCUCACACACAGGCACACACACACCUCCCUACUGUAAGUUCUCUGUCAGUCUCUCACACACCUCACAGCAGCCUUCUACCCCCGUCAGCCGACAUACGCAUUGCUCUGAUCCGAUUUUUGUAGCUUCAUGAAUUACGUCUUAUCCUUAGCAUUGAUUGUGUUAUUGCAGAAUAGUUAAAGUAGGUGUUCCAAUGUGUAGUAGGUUUUCCUCAGCACUAUGCAUUUGAUGUGGGCGUCCGUUCAGUCUCAGUUUCCACAGUUUUCUACAGUUGGAUGAAGUGCAUGUUCUCAGGGAGCAGGGAGGGAGGGACGGCCCACCACAUACCAGAGAUUAUAACCGACUUUAAUGUCGUUCUUUUUUUUGUGUUCGGUUUAGUGUUGGAGCUGAGAACACAACUAUGACCUCUGCUCCGAACUUUGCCCCAGAGUUGAGUUACUGCUCACGUGAUCACUUCGAAAAGAUCGAUUGUAUUUUUCUGUCAGAAUUUGGGAAGUGUUGCAAUCCUCCUUAUAGAUAGAUAUUACAUUUCCGAUAAUGAUAAAUGUAUGCGAUGAUCAUUUUAUGCACUGAGUCAAUGUUUUUGCUGCCAUGUUCAGUAGUCGUGUGUGCAACCUUUUGUUUUGUAAAAUGUUUGUAUUUGCUGUUGACUGUUGUCAGAUUCCUUUUCUAUUUGAGAAUAAAACUUGGGAUGAUAUCGUACGUCCA